CUGUCCGGACUCAAAAACUCCCCUUUUGGCAAGCAACUAUGCGCGACACAUCAAGACAAUGAAGAAGACGGUCCACGAAGAAACCGACAGCAGGUCAACCCAAUUUUCUAUACUGCCACAUCCUCGACAACAAAGGACGCGACGCCAGAGUUGUUCAAGGGAUGCUGGAGAUAUGCAAACGAGCUAUCACUUGAUGGAUGA